GGCACACUGAAUUUAUAAAUUCACUCGCUUCCUAUUUAAAGAACCAGUUGGAAAUUUGUAGUUGGUUUGGUAUGAUGCUUCUGCUCUUGAUUAUUGGCAUUUCGUUGCUCUGCACAGUUACAAAUUGCAAGGCAGAGGACGCAAAAAAUGAAGAGAAAUCCGAGUAUGUCGACUAUUCGGAAAUCAUUGACCCGGGGAAUCCGUACACUCUGGAAAAUUUAAUCAAUGGAACAGGCAUGCAGAGCAACAACGAGACUGACUAUGAAGCCCUUCCGGAGUGGCCGUCGAAUAUUACUAUGGCAAAAAAGGGUCGAAUUCUCGGGGGCACGGCGGCAACAGCUGGUCAAUUCCCGUACUUUGUCUAUGUUCUGGGAACAAAGUCGGACGGAACCACUACCAUCAGUUGCGGAGGUGCACUUUUGUCUGAAAGCUGGGUUCUUACCGCCGCCCAAUGCGUUUCAAAGGCUGCUUCAAUACUUGUGUACGCUGGAGCAAUAGCACCACCAGCGACUGGGGACACAUCAGGCAAAGCAGGACAGGCGAUAAUCCACCCGUAUUUCAGAUCGAAUUUUGUAAUUCACGAUAUUGCACUGAUCAGACUCUUCGCUUCUUUCACCCUAAGUGGAUCCAUUGGUGUAAUCAGACUUUCUAAAAGCUCCGCUUCAAUUGACAAUGUUUCUGUGCGCACUAUGGGAAUGGGAACUGCUGAUGACACAACGGGUGCUGGCACUGCCUUGAACUACGUCGACAUGAAAAACAUCCCCAGAUCUACUUGCAACUCAGCCACAAAUACAGCAUAUGUUACCUACCCUCAAACUGCAGGUUGUUUGGACCCUGAGGGAACUACGAAAAACUUUUGUGUGGGUGACAUUGGUGCACCUGUGGUGUACACUUAUGAUUCCGGUACGGCAUUGAUUGGGGUUACGAGCCAACUUCAGGGGUGCGUGAGCAACGCGUACCCCAGCUCGUACACCAAAAUUGGUCCCUAUUUGGGAUGGAUUAGAGAGAAGACGAAGAAAAACUUCACAUAAAAGCUUUGUCUAUAUUAUAUAAUUCCUGCUAAUAAAGGAUAAAAAUAUUUAUUUCCUU